AUGGCGCGACUCUCCGGUCUCCAGCGGGAGGUGUUGUCACUCUAUCGUCAAUGCCUGCGGGAGAUUCGCAAGAAGCCUGUGCGGUCGGUCAGCAAGAAGGAUUUUGGUGCCGUCGAAUAUCUCCUGCGCAAAGGCCACCGCCAACUGGAGAUGUAUGCCUCUCCAGGAAUUCGUAAUAUCCGAUGA